AGAAGUAAAUGCUGCUGUUGCAACUAGGAAACCCUCGGAAACCCUAAACCCUAAAUCUGAGGUGUAGUGUUGAGAGUUGCGUUGUGAGCACGACGACGACGACGUUGUUUCCCCUCCUCCUCCCAUCGCCCAUUGUCAAGCUCCGAUUCUGAAUUGUGGGUUUGCUUUCUCUCGACGCCGGCCACAAUGUUGGACAUCCUGCUGUUCCGAGAGGAGCGCGGCAACGACCCGGAGCGCAUCCGGGAGUCGCAGCGACGCCGGUUCGCGAGCGUGGAGCUCGUGGACGAGGUGAUCAAGCUCGACAAGGAAUGGCGCCAGCGUCAGUUCGAGGUGGAGAACAUGCGCAAGGAAGUGAACAAGGUGCAGGAUGGGAUUAAGAAAAAGAAGAUCGCCAAGGAAGAUCCGGCGGAUCUCCUCGCGGAGAAGACCCGUCUCGAGGAGGCGAAAGUUGCCAAGGAGAAGGAAGCUGUGGAAUGCAAGGCCGCCAUGGAGGCUAAGCUGCGCUUGGUUGGCAACUUGGUGCACGACUCCGUGCCUGUGGAUAACAAUGAGGACAAUAACCAGGUCGUUCGGAAAUGGGGAACUCUUAGAGAAGAAGCCGGCCUUUUUAACCAUGUGGAUCUCGUGAACAAAUUGGGAAUUGUUGAGCUUGAAGCAGGUACUGAUGUUGCUGGAGGACGAGGCUACUUUUUGAAACAAUACGGGGUGAUGUUGAACCAAGCUCUCAUCAAUUUUGGCCUCUCCUUCUUGAUCAAGCGAGGAUAUACACUCUUGCAGACCCCUUUCUUCAUGCGACAGGAGGUGAUGGCAGAGUGUGCUCAAUUAGCGCAGUUUGACGAGGAGCUCUACAAGGUGACUGGGGAAGGUGAUGAUAAAUACCUCAUCGCUACUGCCGAGCAACCUUUGUGCGCAUUGCAUCGUGGCAGUUGGAUGGACCCAAAGCAAUUACCCAUCAAGUAUGCUGGGUAUUCGACCUGUUUCCGAAAGGAGGCGGGUUCUCACGGAAGAGAUACACUUGGAAUAUUUCGAGUACAUCAGUUUGAGAAGGUGGAGCAGUUUUGUAUUACCAGCCCUAAUGACGACGAAUCUUGGAAGAUGCACGAAGAAAUGUUGAAGAAUUCAGAAGACUUCUACCAACAGUUGGGUCUUCCUUAUCGAGUGGUAUCCAUCGUCUCUGGAGCACUUAACGAUAGUGCUGCUAAGAAAUACGAUUUGGAGGCAUGGUUUCCAGCUUCCAAGACGUUUCGUGAGCUUGUGUCGUGCUCAAAUUGUACAGAUUUCCAAUCAAGGAAUCUCGAAAUUCGCUACGGCCAAAAGAAAAUGAAUGAUCAAGUCAAGAACUAUUGUCAUCUGCUUAACUCCACUCUCACUGCAACUGAAAGAACACUGUGCUGCAUUCUUGAGAACUACCAAACACCAGAAGGUUUGAGGGUGCCUGAGGUGUUGCAACCAUUCAUGCUCGGCACCGAUUUCCUUCCCUUCACCCAGGAAGCUCCUAAGAAAGAUGUUAAAAAGGACACCAAGAAAGACAGCAAAACAAAGAAUCCCCAGGCUAAGGCUCCAGCUGCGGCAGCUCAAGAAAAUAAAGUCAGCGCUGACAUUGCCCCGGGUACACCUGAAAUUCUCACCAAUUGAAACCUUAGAUUGAGUACGAUACAGAUCUAGUUGUCUAAAUUGUACUCUUCCAGCACAUGUAGUGGCGAUUCUAGCCUGAUUACGUAGUAGCUGUUUUAAGCUAUAGGACGAUUGACAUUUAAGGAUUCAUUUCAAUUUCCUCUGGUUCUUUACCAUGAUUUUGAAGCACGUUAGGCUUGGUUUAGCUCGUGUGUGUCAAA